AAUGAAGUCCGCCGCAGCAGUUCACUCGGACGAUUGGAUUGUAUUAGACGUCGUCUCGUUGUUUGUCGUCGAGUUCGCGUAAAAAUUGUGUCUUUUGCUGCCAUUCUGAUAAGCAUUGAUGUAAAUGGGGAUAUUUAAUGACGAUCCUGGCGAUUAUUCGUCUGAUAGUCAUCUGUUUCUGGGGCGUAGACACUUGAGAUUAAUCCGAAGCGCCGCGAGUGUGGAAAGAACACUACUUUGUGUGAUAGUGUGUGCUGGGCGAUGAGUGGUCGUUCUGGUCUGCGGGGAGAAAGUGAUGUCUGAAGAGAAUAGUGAGAUGGUUUGUGAUGGUCCUGUUCUAUGUAAUGCGCGACAACGGUCGUCGAUCUCUGUCGUCGUCAGUCUGUAAGUGAAACGGGGAGGAAAAUCGAAAAUCCAGUGAUAGUGAGAAGAAGACAACGAAGAAUAGUCAAGUGGCAAGUGAGACGACAACCUGCUUUCACGUGAAUAUCAACGGUGGCUGAGUGAUCCAAUAGCUACGGAGAGUUACGAAAGUGUACAACGGUGGUGAUCAAUCAACAAAAUAUUGUGGGUUCAGGCGGCGGUGAUCGGUAAUUAAAAACAAAAAAAAGGUGAAUGAAAGCGAAAGGAGCGCUUCUCGAACGCUCAGCAUAAUGGCAGAAAGAAAGUUUACCCGCGGGCUCAAUAAGCCCGGAAUGGCAGCACAGCUGAGGGAGAACAUCUCGCAGGUUGUACGUGAAUCUGCUUCACUUAGCAAACCAGUCCUAGUGGAACCGAUCGAUUUCGAGGGAUUUAUUGCGAAAAACAAAACCCUCAUCCAAAAUGACCCUCAGCGGGAACUAUUGCUGUACCCCAAUGACGACGUCGCGGAAGUGGUACAGCCGAAAAAAUUCCGCACCGUCACCAGCAACAUUCCAAGUUUUGCUAAAGCUCUCGCAUCCAGUGGCGGCACCCAGAAUGGCACCACCAACGGAACAUCCGGCGGUUCUCCUAGGUGCACCUCACCAAAUAACGGAGAUACCAAACCCACUGUUACGCCUACGGGGCACCUUCUGACGCGUCAGGCCCUUCACACCUACGAGUCGGCCAACCAUCUGAUCCAUUACAAGUACAGCGCCUACGGAGGAACUUACCUGGAGCUGCCUCGGGUAUCGCCUUCGGACGAACUUAAGGAGGAGCUUUACGAGAUCGACACCGACCAUGAUCGAUUGGACGAACAAAUGACUCGUUCACAAGCCGACACGAUCACAAAGCAGGGCUAUCUGCUAAAGGGCCCGGACACCAACUCGGACCGCAUGUUCGCUCACAUUGGCUCGAAGUCGUUCAAACGGCGCUACUGCUACCUAAGGCAGGAAAUCGACGGCACCUACAUUCUGGAGUUGCACAAGGACGAAAAACAGAUCGAAGCCAAAACCACCAUCGUGAUGGACUUCUGCACCGAAGUGGUUCUCAAUCCGAAAAAGGGUCGGUAUUGUUUCGAGCUGAAAAUGAACGCUCCUCAGCAGAAGUCUUUUGCCUUGGCAGCCGAUGACGAAGCCGACAUGGAAGACUGGGUGAAGAAAAUUUCCUCGGUGAUUCAGCAGAACAAACUGCAGGAAGACAAACGUGUGGCUUCACUGGAACGGACCGCACCGCCUACUGCACCUCCGGCCAGUCCCAGCACGAUGAUGAUGUACGGAACGUUGAAGGGUCUGGAGCAAAGCAUGAACCCACAACUGAUGAAGUACGGCCGCGAAACCGAUAUGUCGAUUGCCCAGGCAAGGAAAGAUAACCGGCGGAGAUUGUUUGGGGCCUACCAACAGCAUGGCCAUGCAGGAAGUUCCGCGAAAGCUGCCAUAGCCACCAAUAAAGUGGAAUCGGUUGAACCAUAUCGGGAGCAAUUCGGUCAACGUAUUCUGAUGAAAUGUGACUCCCUGAAGUUCCGAUUGCAAGCACCGGUGGAAAGUGCGUGCGCUUCGCCGACUCUCAAUGGAACCAACGGGGGUGAAAGCGAAGUGGCUCUCUGUCAGCUGGAACCAUACCUAACAAGCGUAGCACUGUACGACGCUAAGAACGGCCGCAAAUUGACCGAGAACUUCUACUUCGAUUUAAACAAAGAUCACGUGCGGGAUAUGCUCAACGCCAGCUGGGAGGCCGAAAAACCCCUCUGCACUUCCCCGAAACCAACUUCCAAAGCGCAUCAGCAGAACGGCAAUGGGACUAUCCAGCGGCAUUCAAAGACCCGAUGCGACACUAGCGAUGAUAUGCAUCCGGAUGUCACGAAGGAAUGGACAGCCCGGGCAAGAAAUGCCAUUUUCAGCGUAACUUCACCCAAUCCGGACAUUUUUGUAGUUGUGAAGAUCGACAAAAUUCUUCAAGGCGCUCUCAAUCCUUCUACAGAACCCUAUCUGAAAGCUACGAAAGAUGUCAAGCUUUUGUACAAGCUACAGAAGACUGUGCGGCAAUACGCGCAUAAGUGUGGCCAUUAUAGGAUGCCAUUUGCUUGGGCUGCAAGACCGCUAUUCCGGUUGUACAGCAAUGAACUUGAUACUUCGUUUGACUUCCCUGCCAUCUAUCGACAAGAAAGUACCAAAUUGAAAGACGAUGAACUGUUAAAGUUGUUAGCAGAGUACAGAAAACCGGAUAAAUUUAGUAAACUCACGGUCAUUCCUGGUUCGCUCAAAAUCUACAUCGAGGCUUUGAACGAGUUUCCUUCAAAUUGUCUAACAAGCACCCUGGUCCCGUUGAAGCCAUUCCCAUCUCCGCCAAUUGUUGAUCCUACUCUGGAAAUAACCGAGUUCGAAAACCGAUCUGAUCAGCACCUGAAUCCGUAUGCUGCUUUCGUAAACCACCUUUAUGUCUACCCGUUGCAACUGAACUACGACAGUCAGAAGAUUUUUUCCAGGGCACGAAACAUUGCGGUUUUAGUCGAGCUACGUGACAGUGACACCACCGAGGCGAAAUCUAUUAAGUGUAUAUAUGGACGGCCAGGUCAGCCAACGCUAGUAUCCCAAAUGUCUUGCCCAGUUUUGCAUCACAACACAACUCCCACGUGGUAUGAGGAAAUCAAACUUCGAUUACCACUGCGCAUAACUGCCCAGCAUCAUUUACUGUUUUCGUUCUUCCACGUCUCGUGCAACAUUGCCAAAAAGAAAGAUCUCGUAUCAACCACCACUGAAACUCCGGUGGGCUAUGCUUGGCUUCCGCUGCUAACUAAAGGAAAACUGAAUAUCGAAGAGCAGUGCCUCCCCGUGGCAGCCUCGUUACCGGCGGGAUAUCUAUCUAUUCAGCCACUUGGUCUCGGAAAAGGGCAGAAUGCCGGUCCGGAAAUUCAAUGGAUCGAUAAUCAACGGCAGAUCUUCACGAUCACCUUUCGGCUAGACUCCACCGUUAUCACUACCGACCAGCACUUGCACAAUCUCUUCCUCCAUGCUGAACGGCUGCUCGACUUGCCCAAAACUGCUGCCCUUCCAGCUGAAUCCGAAAGCUGCAAGAUUCUCAAAGCUGCCCACGCCAUCCAGAUCAAUUCGUUGAUCACGUUCCUGCCGACGAUCUUGAACCAACUGUUCACUCUUUUAGUUGCAACUCAGAGCGAUGAUAUCGGUCUAAAUGUCAUACGGCUACUCGUAAACACUUUCCACAUGAUCUCCGAAGAGGCUAAGCGCAAAGAACUGCUCGUUUCCUAUGUUAAGUACGUCUUCCGAAUCGAUGCAUUCCCCGUUAAUGGUUGUUCACCAACUUCCCAGCAAGUCAGCACUGUGCAUGGCGAACUUUGCCGCCAUCUUCCGACACUGCUCCAUCAGAACAAUACAGACUUCCUACUCGUUAACAAGUUUAUGAAAUACUCUGGAAUCUUCUUCGACAUCAUCGUCAAAAGCAUGGGUCAGUUUUUGCUCUCCACUGGACGCAUUAAAAUGCAACGAAAUGAGAGAUUCCCUAAAGAAUUCUCCGCGCGUAUAGAGUCUCUGUUCAGUGUUCUUUUACCGUAUCUCAACUCUCGGCACAAAGAUCUUCCAAUGGAAACUGAAACGUUAAACCAAAGUAUGUCUGUCUUCGUUAAACGUUGCCUUACUUUUAUGGAUCGUGGCUUCGUGUUCCGCUUGAUUCGGUUGUAUAUGGAUCGCUGGUGUCCCGGCGAUUCACGUGUCCUGCAAGAAUACAAAUUUUCAUUCAUACGUGAAAUUUGCUCCCAUGAACACUACAUUCCGUUGAAUCUACCAUUCCUGUUGAGCCCAAACAAUCGACCGCCGGAUUUGCUGCAGCAAUUUUGUUUGUCAGAGGACUUUUGCAGACAACAUUUCUUAGCCGGAAUGCUAUUACAGGAAGUAAAGAGUUCUCUCAAUGAAAUUAGUCAUAUUCGAAGACUAGGAUUGACGAUUUUAAAAGAGCUCCUUGCCAAGCAUGACUUAGAUGAUCGAUUUCAAAAUAGAGGACAACUCAGUCGUAUUGCUUUGCUGUACGUCCCUUGGUUGGGUAUCGUACUUGAAAAUCUCAAUCGUAUACCGGACGGCAUGGACAAGAAAAAGCACGAUUCGAUUGGUACCAAUCGAAUGUCCUGUAGCAGUAGCUAUGUAUUCGCUCGAGAGUCUACUCCAGCUAUCAUUCCACAAACCAUGACAUCCCAAACCAGCACGCCCAAAUCCCGCAGCAAUCGAGUAACUAUGCACUUUGAUUGCCCUAGUCCGAUAAGGUCAUCACUGCAUCUGAAGGAUACAAGCUUCUUGGCAGCUAUCGCAGGCCAGAUGGCUUUAUCGAACGGUAAUUCGACUACGUCCCUAAACUCUGAAUGCUCAACCUUGUCGCAGGACGGCACUGUUGUGAUACGUAAUAAUACCAACGAAAUGAAUGGCUCUGCUAGGCCCAGUCACGCACGAUCCAUCAGUGUUACUCAACCGACCAUCAUCCAAAGAACCGACAAAUUCACCCCAACGGAAACCAAAGAUCUCCUAAUCAGCUUCCUGUUCGUAGUCAAACAUAUUUCGCCGGAUCAUAUGAUCGCUUGGUGGCACAACUGUACGGAAAGCGAAACAGUCCAGUUCUUUACCGUUCUUGACCUCAGUUUGCUCUACUUCCGAUACGUUGGGAAAAAGAAUAUCCAUAUCCCCAGCGAAACUGGCAGAGAUACCAAAGCCAGCAAGUCUGCCAAAGCAAGUACCCUUCCGGCUAGGAUGAUGCCGCCAAACAGUGAAUCCGCCAGCUCCUUCGAAUCCGGAACGCUCAAUCACCCACAAAACCGUGAAAACCUGGUCGAAGAAGCGAUGCGUCUACACCGAGCCCUUUACGAGUCGAAUCUAGCCACGGAGAUUGGCUUGACCAUCCUGGACUGCAUGGGUCUGUACUCGAUACAGUUCCGAGACUCAAUGUUGGAGAGCUCGGUGCUGCCGAAGAUUGCCCGGGUAUAUCUGCGAUUUUUGCAACUAGGACAAUCGGAGUCUUUGUCGAAACAUGUGUUUGCCGCGCUUCGGGCGUUUAUAAAUAACUUUUCACAAGCACUGUUCAAAGGGAAUGCCAUCCUAUGUGGUCAACUAGUCUACGAAUUGCUCAAAUGCUGCGAUAGCCGACUGUCAAAUCUGCGGCAGGAAGCCUGUGCAGUGCUGUAUCUUCUGAUGCGCAGUAAUUUCGAAUUCAGUGGUCGAAAGGGACUGACCAGGGUUCAUCUGCAGGUGAUUAUAUCCGUUUCACAGAUGAUCGGCAACGUGAUCGGGUUGAACAAUGCCCGUUUCCAGGAAUCGCUUUCGAUUAUCAAUAGCUACGCAACGAGUGACAAAGCAAUGAAGGGCACUGGAUUCCCAAUGGAGGUGAAAGACCUAACGAGACGAGUUCGAACUGUUCUGAUGGCAACGGCACAAAUGCAAGCUCAUCACAUGGACCCAGAACGGUUGUUGGAGCUGCAGCAUUCGCUGGCGAAUUCGUAUGCAUCUACGCCAGAACUGCGGCACACGUGGCUGGUGACAAUGGCGCGCAAUCACGAGCAGAAUGGGAAUCUUUCGGAAGCAGCGUGUUGUUAUCUGCACAUUGCGGCAUUGAUAUCCGAGUAUCUGAAGCUGAAGGGUAACAGUACGGUGGCAUUUGGAGCGGAGUCGUUCGUCAAGAUCUCCCGGAACAUUCCGCGGGACGAGAAAGGACUGAAGUUGGACAGCGGUGCGUCGGAUUCGCAAUACACGGAACAGCUGCUGCUGGACCAGCUGAAGGAGUGCGCAGAGUGCUUGGACCGAGCGGAGCGGCACGAGUGUCUUGGAGAGUUGUAUCGACUGAUAGUGCCGAUUUUGGAGAGUCGUCGAGAUUACCCGGGGUUGGCACAGUCCUAUGAACACCUAAUGCAGUCGUACAAUCGGGUGAUCGAGUUCAAUAAGACGGGGAAGCGGCUUCUCGGACGAUUCUACCGGGUUAUCUAUUAUGGACAGGCGUAUUUUGAAGAGGAGCACGCGGUCGAGUACGUAUACAAGGAACCGAAGGUGACUUCGCUGAGCGAAAUAUCCGAGAGGUUACACAAGCAGUACCGUGACAAAUUCGGCAGCGACAACGUGAAGAUGAUAAUGGACUCGUGCCCGGUCGACGUAGCCUCCCUAGACCCCAAGAUGGCCUACAUCCAAGUGACGCAUGUAGUCCCGUUCUUCUGCAAGGAUGAGCUAGAAAUACGACAAACGGAGUUUGAGCAGAACCACGACGUCGACACGUUCAUGUACGAAACUCCAUUCACUCCGAACGGUGGAGCGCGUGGCUCCGUAGAGGAUCAAUGGAAACGAAGAACUAUUUUAACAACGCAAUACAGCUUUCCGUAUGUGUUGAAGCGCAUUCCGGUAAAGGAGCGGCAAACCUUAGAAUUGAGUCCCAUUGAAGUUGCGAUCGAUGAGAUGCAGGCCAAGGUGGCUGAAUUGGAGGAGGUCGUCCUCGGACCGAUCGAUUUGAAGAAGCUCCAACUGCGUCUACAAGGCAGUGUAGCCGUCACGGUAAAUGCCGGUCCUUUGGCGUACGCGUCGGCUUUCCUCGAUCCCAAACAGUGUAGCAAGUACUCGUCGGAAAAGGUCGAAGAUCUGAAGGAUAUCUUUAGGGAAUUUGUGCGAAUUUGUUUCACGGCAUUGCAAAUCAACGACAACGUUAUCUCGUCGGACCAGCGUGAGUACCACAAUGCGUUGAAGGAAAACUACGAAAAUCUGUGUUCAGCACUCAGCGACUUGCUGGGCGAGUUUGUCUAUCCCACGGAUGACAGUAACAACAACGCUCACCGCCAUAGUCUUGCCUUGUUCAGUGCCAUCAGCGGUGCUCCGAACAAUUCCAGCACCGCUUAGGGUGGAUUUUUUUCCAGGGCAGAUUUUUAUCGAACAAAUCGUAGAAUAGAACUAACGUGGUCUGAAAAUGUCAUGCAGGAAACGCAAUUGGUAGCCAGGAUUAACGAAUUACCGUGCGGCCUUGACUUUAGGCAAAUUAGGCUUUUGACUACUUAAAAAGGUACGAGGGAAUUUUUGAACUGUUUUUUUCUCGACUGGCUAGCACUAGAAGCACAAAUGUGUCACUUUUGAUAUUAUGGAAUAUUGCGAAAGAUCUUAACUAGGAAUGGUUAUGCAACAACAAAAUUAUAGGUAGAUUACAAAGUAGCUAAAAUAGUGAUAAACCCACCCGAAACAUGAGCUUUGAAUGCUGUUUACCUAGUAAUGUGGCCAGGUUUAUUCUUAGUUUUGGUAUUUUGCAACACAUAGUAUAUAACAGACGCAACACUGAAGAAUCUUCCAUUCGCAACGCUUCAAAUGAUCAUUUCGAAUUUCAUAUGUUGGAUACCUCACAACCAGAGGUGCGCGAAUCAUUUUCUUUCGAGUUUAACACCUUCUGCAAGCUCGGUGCACGAAAUACACCGCAGCCAGCAGAUAACAAUUUUGUGAGAUAGGCGAUGGAUUUUUAAGAAAGUAGUUCUAAGUGCUGCGUCUGUUUGUCUAUGGUAUAACUGUACUAAGUGUAAAAGAAAUACCAUAAUACAUGGAACCAUUAUGCGUAGAUCAGCAGCAUUCUGGAAUCUCACUCAUGAUAAAACAGCAUUUGAAUUGUUAUAGCGCACAAAGCCACAAGUUCACAUUUAGCAAAAUAUGAAAAUUUACAUCCAAUCGAUAUAGGAAAGGAAGCCCCACAAUCACAAAAAAGAAACUUUAUCACCCGAUUCUAUUAAGCUCGACAUCUUCUCUCUCGGUUCCACAAGACUCAGGAACUUGUGAGCGCUAUUGACUGACAAUGCCCCAGUUCUGUAUUUAUUGUAUAAAACUCACCAUCACAGAUUUUAUUGUUAUUAGCAACCUAUCUGGAAUCUCGAUUAUUUAGAUGUUGUAUUCGUGUAUAAAUCGACUUAACAAUGUUAUCGUUAUAAUUGACCAAACGCCAGUGGCGUCCAAAAUCUUAGAUACGGAAUUUUGGGGCUCGACAGCUCAGAAAAGAAAAUUCAAAUUGGAACUUACCUCGCAUAACUUAGUUUCAGUUUAUCACGAAACUUUUUUGGGGCCGAACGUGAUUCAAACCUGCGUUCCCAAAUUGGUUGACUUACUAGAGUGUUCGCAUUAUUUUACUUUUUAUCUUUUAUUCUCCUUUCCCAGUGGACUACCAACUUUGCUCAUAUUAACAGCGAAGUAGCAAAUGUUAAAUCAUUUGAAUUUGUAUGUAGAAAAGCAGUGAAACUCAAACGGAAACAAGUUUUCAAAAUUGAGUGUAUUAAACGAGCUGAAAAAUGACGCAUUGUCUCGUUUUUCCCAUACAAUUUUCUUUCCGAUUUGGCGUUGAGUAACGGUUAGUAUAAAAUCAAGUGAAGCAGGCAGUUCAUUCCUCUAAAUUUGUGCCUCACCUAGAUCAUAUGCAAUUCUCAAAAAUAUUACGUAAAACAAUUCGUUUCGAAACGGAUGACAAUGUAACUUUAUAUCAAAUUUGUCGAAUUAUGUCAAACGAGUAAUAGAAACAAUAGGCGAAGUCAAAUAAAAUAACAAAAUAUUCAAGACUGCAGAAAACUGAAACGAUUCAAAUUAACCUCUUAAAA